AUAAUCAGAUCACCUCACCAUGUUGAUACUAGCGACCUGUGCUGUGAUUGGAGGAGUUGUGACUGUGGCUGCUGUGCCCACCGUGCUGGGUGCCAUGGGCUUCACUGGGGCCGGAAUCGCAGCCUCCUCUCUAGCAGCCAACAUGAUGUCAGCUUCCCCUGUGGCCAACGGGGGAGGAGUCGCAGCAGGCAGCCUGGUGGCCACCCUGCAGUCUGCGGGCAGCUGGACUCUCUAUACCAUCCAACAUCCUUCUGGCCUCUACUGGAGCAGGCAUUGGGGCUUGGUUAGGGAGAUCAAGAAAUACUCAGGAUACCCCCAGUUGAACUCAAAGCUGAAGAGGACAAUCCAGGAGACAGUGCACCCUCAAGAUGAACCUCAAAAAGUCCAACUCAAGUCAGAGGAAGAGAAGGAAUAAAAGUUAUUGUUGGCGUGCUUA